CCCAGUUGUCAUGCAGCCAAUCAGACUCUACUCCGGUGCUGCGCCGUUGACCAAGGAGUUGGCCACCGAGCGUAUCAUGGACAUCUUGGAGGGGUUCUCCAAGGUUGACCAGUCCAAGAUUGCCCUUGAAGCCUCUUUUUCUCAAGAUUUGGGCUUGGACUCCUUGGAUGUAGUGGACGUUGUCAUGGAGAUGGAAUCUGAGUUCUCCAUCGAGAUCCCAGAUGAACACGCCGACCAAUUGAAGACCGUCAGCCAGGCCGUCGACUACAUCAUGUCCCAGCACGACGCCUGUUAAGGCCAGUGGCUUACCGCGGAUUCCCGUACACACCAGGGCUGCACCCACAAGGCCGCUUCCCGCG